CGCCGCUGCGCCUGCGGUCAUCUGUUGAUGGGUAUCGUGGUCUAACGUAGCUAUAUUUACACACGAAUGUUUUCCUGCUUUAAAUCUGUAUAUAAGAAUCGCAGGUGAGAUAAUUAGCACAGUACAAACGCCAGACGGGAACCGACUUACAACUAAAAUGCACUGCAUUGUAGUACUUUGCGCUUUGGUGGUGGCCGUGGUGGCCCGGCCUGAAGAGGAGCUGGCCUUCUACAAUCCUCAGUACGACAGCUUCAAUGCCCAGGAGGUAGCCGACAAUAUCCGACUCCUCAAGAACUAUGGCAAGUGCUUCCUGGACCAGGGACCUUGCACCGCUGAAGGAACCGAUUUUAAAAAGGUGAUCCCUGACGCUUUAAGGACAUCCUGCGCCCGUUGCUCUCCCAAGCAGAGGGAGCUGAUCAGAACCGUCAUCAAGGCCUUCCAGACGAAGCUCCCAGAGACCUGGGACGCUCUGGUCAAGAAGAACGACCCCGAACUCAAGUACAAGGCUGACUUCGACAAGUUCCUCCAAGGCACCGACAUGAAGAUGAAGUCCGGCUUUGUUCUGUGUUUCUUGGUGGCUCUCACGGCAGCCUACGACAGCUCGCACGAUGACUUCGACAUCGAUGGGCUGGUGAAGAACACGGAUGCUCUGAAGAAGUUCAACAAUUGUUUUGUCCAUGACACUGACUGUGACGAUAAUUCCAGUCAUUUUAAAAAAGACAUCCCAGAAGCAUACCAGCAGGCCUGUGCUAAGUGUAACCAAGUGCAAAAACACAUUUUGAAGAAAUACAUCCAGGCUUUGAAGGAGAAGCUGCCGGAGCAGUACCAGGAAUUCAAGAAUCACUACGACCCUGAAGGAAAAUACACCCUGCCCUUGGAAACAGCCAUUGCAACUGCCUAACUUACAGAGAAAUGAUUAUUGUUCGCGAUCUCCACAUUAA